GCUUUUAAAAGAGGCGCUUCAGGGCUUUCUGGGUUUUAAUCGGUUCUCCCUGGCGGGGAGGAGGGUGGGCGGUUUUUUAAGAGCCAGACGCUUCCUGGAGGAGAAGAUGCCCUCGUAUUUCCUGAGUCCUUUCCAGGAGCUGGAUGAUGCUCUUUGCAAGACGUUCCUGAGCCUGAACCUGAACGAGGAUGACAACAGCCCGGAUGCAAGGCGUUUCCUCCGGUUCCAGCGCACCUUCUCCGCCUGCCCUGUCGCCCUCUCAGCUUCCAGCUUCGAAGGAACCGGCUGUGCGGUGCACCCGGCUGACACUGUCGCUCCCCACGUGGCCGCGGCUGGUCCGAGCGACCCAGCGUGGCCCCUCCAGCAGCCGUGGGGCCGGGACUCUGAGCUGCCGCCCACCUCCCUCCAGCGCAUCCCUUUCCGGGCGGACCGUUCGACCAGCCUGAUCGAGGGCUGCUGCCGUGGCGACGCCAAGCCGCCCUCGUCCCGCUACAAGACAGAGCUGUGCCGCACCUUUGAGGAGAGUGGCGUCUGCAAGUACGGGGCCAAGUGCCAGUUUGCCCACGGCGCGGCCGAGCUGCGGGGGCUCAGCCGACACCCCAAGUACAAGACGGAGCCUUGCCGCACCUUCCACACCUCAGGCAUCUGCCCCUACGGCGCACGCUGCCACUUCAUCCACAACGCAGAGGAGCGCCGCGUGCCGCCCUCGCGGGCACCCUUGCCUACUCGCCACUGCCCCGCCGCUGACCCCUUGCCUGUGGGCCCCUGCCUUCCGGAGACCUCCUUCCCUCGCGACGCCCUGAGCCAGCCGACUCUCGCCUGCCCCCUCCGUGCCGCCGGAGCCGCUCGGGGUUCCCUGCCCUGCCCCUUCGCCUUCCCAACCCUUCUGACGCUGCAGAAAAGCCUUUCUGCCGACUCCCUCUCUGACCAGGAAGACUCCGGGAGUUCGGGGGGCAGCAGUGGGUCAGAAUCCCCGGGGUUGGGCCCGCUGGGCCGCCGGCUGCCCAUCUUCAGCCAGAUCUCCGUCUCCGACGACUGAAGGGGCGUUUCGAGGUUGGGAGGAGAAACUAAGGCAUGGAGAGAGAGAUGCGAGAUUUCCCUUGUCCGCACCCAGAGAGAGCUGGAGGCAACUAGGAACCCCUGCUCAUUGUGUGUGGACGCCCACCUGACUUUUUGCCUCUGCUUAAACAGGUUUGCUAGGUUCCCACACUGAUUCAAAAACCUCAUCGACCUGUUUAUCCAGAGGCAACAAUGUGUGUUUUUGUAUGCUGUUGGGGGGCGAGAGGUGUGUCUUUCUCAGACCACUUCCAGCGCUCUUAAAAAUGGUCUGCUUUCUCCAGAUAUCCUGAGUUGUUUGGGAAGACUCUUUUUUUUAUGCUGUCGAUGAUUUUAUUUUUUUUGUUUGAUAAAAAAACUGACGUUUCUCAAGCAAUGGACUGAGAUGAACAACUUCUGUGCUAUUACUGGUUUUCUCUGCUUGAAGAAGGGAUCAAGGAAAUUAUAUGCAGAGUGAGAAGGAAGUGGAACCACGAGAACAGGCGACGUUCUGCUUGCUGCGAUAGUUUCACAGAGAGUGGCCAGGGACAUGUGGGACGUCUGGAGCAAAGCCGACUCCAUGGAACAUGGCAAGAUUUUUUGUGGCAUCCGGAAGGGUGUUGUUUUCCGCCGGGCUACUUACAUUUUCUCAGGGUAACCUCCCCCAACUUGGUGCUCAUAUUUUAGACUACGACUCCCAUUAUCCGUAGUCGUCCUUGCACCUGGCUGGGAAUUGUAGUCCAAAACCUCUGGCGUGGGCACCAAGUUGGGGAAAUCUGGCUUAGGGCCUUGGCAAAAAAUAUAUAUUGUGACCCGUGAAUUACUGGGUUCUGUUUCUGACUCCAAAAGAUUUGCAGAACUUUAUUUCGAUACCGUUGGGAUGUAGUCAACCAAAUCCUACACAGAGUAGACCCGCUAGCAUUCAGGGACCUAAGUCGGCCGUGUUCCUUAUCUCCAGUUGGUCUACUCUGUGUAGCGCUAGCAUUGGAUAUGACCCUGAAUGUUGGCUCCUGUUUCCAUGCGAGAAGAGGCUGACGAAUUUGC